UACGCACCGGCAAUCUUCACAGCGCGGCCAUGCGGGCGACGACGAAGUCGGGGCCAGGGCAGGAGGACCACGAAACCAAAACCAACACGGGCGACGCGCCAAGAAAAGGUCGCGGGCGCGGCGGGAGGCGUCCACGAGCCCCCUCUCGCUUGCCGCCACGUGACCCCGCGCCACCGCCCAUCCAGCCCGUCCGCUCCGUCCUUUCAGGCGCACGAGCGCAGCGUUCGUGUCCUGCCUUGCCUUCCCUGCCUCUCCUCCUCCUCCUCAAUUUACAUGCAUGAGCGGCUCCUGGGGCCAUUGGUUCUUGCCUUGUCGUCGCUGUUGCCGUUUUGCUCCUGUCAGUGCCGAGACGAGGGAGAGGAUCUGUCGGCGGCGGCGGACUUGAUGGGGUUCGCUGGGGAAGGAUCGCCCGUCAGUGGCGGAGGCUUCAGUGAUAAUGGCAAGUUCAGCUAUGGGUAUGCAAGCUCUCCUGGGAAAAGAUCUUCCAUGGAGGACUUCUAUGAAACCAGAGUUGACGGUGUUGAUGGAGAGACGGUGGGAUUGUUUGGUGUUUUUGACGGUCACGGUGGAGCUCAAGCAGCGGAGUUUGUCAAGCAAAACCUUUUCACCAAUUUAAUCAAUCAUCCAAAGUUCUUUAGUGAUACCAAAUCUGCUAUUGCUGAAACUUACACUCACACGGACUCGGAGCUUCUGAAAGGUGAGACCAGCCAUAAUCGAGAUGCAGGGUCGACCGCUUCGACGGCUAUUCUUGUAGGUGAUCGCCUGGUGGUUGCAAAUGUUGGAGAUUCUAGGGCAGUCAUUUGUAGAGGAGGGGAUGCUAUAGCAGUGUCAAGAGACCACAAGCCAGAUCAGUCAGAUGAGAGACAGAGGAUAGAGGAAGCUGGAGGUUUUGUGAUGUGGGCUGGAACAUGGCGUGUAGGCGGUGUUCUUGCUGUUUCUCGAGCAUUUGGUGAUAAGCUUUUAAAGCAAUAUGUGGUGGCUGAUCCAGAGAUCAAGGAGGAGGUGGUAGACAGCUCGCUCGAGUUCCUCAUCCUCGCAAGCGAUGGGCUGUGGGACGUGGUGACCAACGAGGAAGCUGUAGCCAUGGUGAAGCCGAUAGUGGACUCGGAGCAGGCCGCCAAGAGGCUCCUCCUGGAGGCCUCCCAGAGGGGCAGCGCCGACAACAUCACCUGCGUCGUCGUCCGCUUCAUGGAGCAGCAGAACGGAGUGUGCCGUGCCACCAACGACCAGGCCUCGUGAUCAAAUGGACGUAGCUCAUCGCGUACUACGCAUGCCUGUCGCUCUUAGUCAGGGCCAAGUGUUGGCUUCACUACUUAGCCAUAUAAAUACAAGUAUACUUUGUUUUUAUGUUGAUGUUUCGUACUUGAGACAAGAUUAACCAAUUUUAUGUGUUCAAGUUUCGGGUUCGAAUGAA